UUUAAGAAAAAUUUUAACUACGCCAAAAAUUACGAUCUUGUUUUUUUUUCAGAUGUUCGCCCGCCUUCUCAUAAGGAUCCAACUGUUUUAAGAGUGGUCACUGACCACCCUAUUCCACUUUGCUGCAGUUUGUACUAUUAUGAAGUGAAUGUGUGUGCGAAGAGUCAGUGUGGCAACACAGGUCGAAUUAGCUUGUACAACCGUUCUAACACGUCGAGUGACGACGAGGACAGCCUAUGUGGACCGACAUUUGGUGAGGGCGACGUCAUUGGCUGUGGCCUUAAUUUCGUCAGCAAUUCAGUCUUUUUCACCAGGAAUGGGAUUAUCGUCUGCAGUUCUAGCGUUCGUCAAAAACUGGUAAGCUCGAUUGCCUAUCUAAUUAUCAUUUCUGUGUUUGAAGUGUAUCUACGACAAAUGUACCCUUGUGUCAAUUUCAAUUUCUCGUCACACCACCACCGAAUUUUUUCCUAUUGUCUUCCAACCUUAAAGGUGUCCGACAAAAAUGUCGUUCUUGUACCAUACAGUUAUCACGCGGAACACGUUACAAGGGCCAGACGGCCAUUAAAGGUGACAGAGGCUCUAGUUUUACCUCACGAACAUUUCACACAUUCACCCAAACCUUCGGCUUUGGCCUCAACUGUGCUCCAAUCGGAUCCAUAUUUGGUGCUGACGGUGGCGUUUGCUAGGUCAUGUCAACGCCUGAACCGUUUUUGUUAG